AACCUGUUCAAAUGAAAGCCCCCUAUGAAGAUGACGCCAUUAAUGUCAACUACAAUAUUAUGUGUCUCAAUCGUGAACAAGGUAUUAAGUGGAUCAAAAAAGAAAGACUUCCAGCAUUUCUGGAAAGUGAUUGUUACUUUGAAUACAGGUAUGUAUAAAUGCAGGUUAGCCAAGUUGGUGUCACAAGUAAGAUGGAGCAAGUCAGGUGUGAAUUUCACAAUAGAUACACAUUUUUCUCCCUGGGUCCUGAAAAAAACACCCAGUCUACCACCUCCUGCCAUUGAAGAAGACAACCUUAUAAUUAUGAAAAAGUUCUACAUUUCUCUUGGUGAGGCCUCCUAUACUCAAACAAAAGAUUGGUUUGCGCUAGCAAAACAAAGUGAGCAGACAGUAUCAACCUUUUCAUUACCCUGUUGUGUACCCUACAACAAAAUUGAAUUACCAGUUGUUUCAUCUGUUUCUGAGAGUUCUAUCUUUGAUGAUGGAGUUCACCCCAGGACAAAAAAGGACCCAUCUAAAACCACCAAAUUAAUUUCUGAAUUUGAAGAAGAAGGGUCUAUAUCUCUGCAAGACACUCCUUCUCAAGCUCUUCUGAGAAUAUACCUUGAAAAGCAACAGGAUGUUGACAAAAGCCUGACAUUGCAUUUCUCAACAUGUGAAGAAUUUUUAAACGCCUAUGUAAGCUUUAUUUUUAGAGCAGCAAUUCAGCAAAUUACUGGAGAGCAAUUUGGAGAAAACCCAGACUAUGUAAACUUCAACAAUGUAACUCAAGUGUCAUUUGAUCAUUGUUUUGAAUCUUUCCCUGAUGAGGAUUCUUUAAUUGAACCAAUUCAAACGACAAAGGAAAAGUCAGAAAAGAUAUUAGAAAAAAUGAGUUUAAGUUCAAAGAGUGAGAGCAUUGGACCAGAGAGCAGGGCUGACUGGUGUAUUUCUCACAGAACUUAUGAUAUUGGCAAUAGAAAGGAGUUUGAAAGAUUUAAGAAAUUUAUAAAAGGUACAUUAGGAGAGAGAUACUGGUGGCUAUGGAUGGAUAUUGAGAGGUUAAAAGUUCUUAAGGACCCUGGACGACAUCAAAGACAUCUUGAGAAGAUGAAAAAAUGCUAUCUAGUGAGCAGUGGAGAUUGCUACCUUUCUGCAGAAAUCUUAUCAAAAUUUAAACUGUUAGAUGGAUCUCAGUGGACUGAAGAACAUUUAAAAAAUAUUCAAUCUGAGGUUGUAAAACCUUUACUUCUGUAUUGGGCUCCAAGAUUCUGUGUUACUCAUUCAGCCUCAACAAAAUAUGCUAGUGCUGAACUGAAAUUCUGGCACCUCCGCCAAGAGAUACCAAGGAAGGAUAUUGACCCUUUUCCACAAAUGGCAACCCUGUUGCCAUUAAGACCAAAAUCUUGCCUUCCACAGAUAUCUGAGAUCCAGAAAGAGGAAUUCAGUUUAUUACAACCUCCUAAAUCUCCCAAGAAAUCACGUAGAGUAAAAACAGCAGUGCACAAAUCUUGGAAGAGUGAGACUUUGUAUCCAGUUUCUUCUGAGAAUGAUGUUAUUGAGAAGGGGUCGAAGCGGAUGUCAGAAAGCAGCAAAGUUAUUCGUUUAACAUCUUUUACUGAUAUUUCUGAAUGUCUGAAGCCCCAGCUGGAUAGAAAAUACAUGUAUACAGAAGAAUCUAAGGUUAAAACCAUGUUAGAUGUUGGUGCCUUGGGAGGAUUUGACAUGGAAAAUUUGUUGCAGUGUUUGUAUGUAGAAAAUAGGACUGGAUUCUUCUUUACUAAAUUCUGCGAACAUUCUGGGAACGAGUUGUGGAAAAACAGUGUGUACUUUUGGUUUGACCUACAGGCUUAUCAUCAGCUUUUCUACCAAGAAACACUUCAGCCUUUUAAAGUAUGCAAGCAAGCACAAUAUCUUUUCGCCACAUACAUUGCUCCUUCGGCCACUCUUGACAUUGCACUCCAACAGGAAAAGAAAAAAGAAAUUUAUAUGCAAAUACACCCACCAUUUGAAGACCUUUUUGACACAGCAGAAGAAUAUAUACUUCUGGUCCUUCUUGAGCCCUGGGCAAAGAUGGUAAAAUCAGACCAACUUGCUUAUAGAAAGGUGGAGCUGGUGGAAGAAACUCGACAGCUAGACUCUGCCUACUUCAGAAAGCUACAGGCUUUGCAUAAAGAGACAUUUUCUGAGAAAGCUGAAGACACCACUUCUGAAAUUGGAACUGGUAUUUUAUCACUCUCUGGCAUCUAUAAACAAACAGAAUAUUGGAAUAAUGUUCCUGAAGAAUACAGGCAUUUUAAUUUUAAUGAUCUGCUUAACAACAAACUGGAGUUUGAACAUUUCCGUCAGUUUCUUGAGGCUCAUUCUUCAAGCAUGGACCUUAUGUGCUGGACAGACAUUGAACAGUUCCGAAGAAUAAUUUACAGAGAUCAAAAUCAAAGGGAGGCAAAAUCUAUAUACAUUAAAAAUAAAUACCUUAAUAAAAAAUAUUUCUUUGGACCCAACAGUCCAGCUUCCCCUUAUCAGCAGGACCAGAUCAUGCAUUUAAGUGGUGGCUGGGGGAAGAUUCUCCAUGAGCAACUUGAUGCACCUGUUCUAAUUGAAAUUCAGAAGCAUGUCCUAAAUAGGCUAGAAAAUGUGUGGUUGCCACUGUUUCUUGCAAGUGAACAGUUUGCAGCACGUCAAAAGAUAAAGGUACAAAUGAAAGACAUAGCAGAAGAGCUGUUGCUACAGAAGCAUGAAAGGAAAAUCGGGGUCUGGAAGCCUGUGGAGAGUAAGUGGAUAUCUUCAUCUUGUGAAAUCAUUGCUUUUCGUAAAGCGUUAUUGAAUUCAGUUACUGCAAGACAAUUUCAACGUUUCGUGGCUCUAAAAGGAGAUUUAUUGGAAAAUGGGGUACUUUUUUGGCAAGAAGUACAAAAAUAUAAGGACUUGUGCCAUUCUCAUUGUGAUGAGUCUGUCAUCCAGAAGAAGAUCAUGACUAUUAUCAACUGCUUUAUUAAUUCCAGUAUUCCACCAGCUUUACAAAUUGACAUUCCAGUAGAGCAAGCCCAGAAGAUUAUUGAACACAGGAAGGUGUUAGGACCAUAUGUAUUUAGAGAGGCACAGAUGACAAUUUUUGGGGUUCUGUUUAAAUUUUGGCCUCAGUUUUGUGAGUUUAGGAAGAACUUAACUGAUGAAAAAAUUAUGAGUGUUUCAGAGAGAAGACAAGAAUAUAAUAAGCAGAAAAAAAAAGUGGCAGUCAUAGAAGAUGAAAAAUUUGGAAAGGAUGGAAUCAAACAAUAUGCAAGUGCUUCAGGGUCUGCUACCAAAACAGCUCCUUUAGUCAGUGAUUCCUUCCUAGGCCUGCAGGCAUACAGCCGACAGCCAACCUGGUGCUACUCAAAGUACAUAGAAGCCUUAGAACAGGAACGAAUUCUUCUUAAAAUCCAAGACGAACUGGAAAGAAAGUUGUUUACAGGCAUACCAUCUCUCACAAAUUUUAAGGCUACUCCUUCAGCUAUGACAUUGAAAAAGACUAUGUCUUCCCACACCAGCCAGAGAAUUCUUUAAAGUAAAUUUAACUGACAUGAGAAGCUCAACUGAUUUUUUGAUGGUCUGCAUUAGCGCAAGCCUAACAUCUAAAUAAAGUUUGGCUUGAUUUACUUCCAUAAUUUUAAAAUUACAGCUAUUCUGUAUACAUAAUGUAAAAGACUAUUAAAAAAUGUUAAAACCUAUUUAGAAUAAAAUGACUACUAUCUAGGUUAGAAGAAUCAAACUGUUUUGCUUAUCACAGACCUUAAGGAAGUAUAAGGUUAUGCUGCUCAAGUAAUCUUUCAACAAAUAUUCCUUGACCAUUUACUAUAUUUGCUUAGCAGAUAUAUUCCAAAGGUGAUUAGGGAACGAAUAUUCCUAGCAAUAAAUAGACUCACAACAUAAACGGAAGAGCAUUCCCCAUCCUCUCCCUAACUCUACAGGAAGUAUAUAUUAAAGCAGUGGUUCUCACGCUUUAGUGUGCGUAAGACUCACUGUGACAUUUGCUAGCAUUGCAGGUUUCUGGGCCCACUUCCUGGGAGUCUGAUUCAGCAGAUCUUGGGCAGGACCCAGGAAUCUCCAUCUUUAACAGACAUCCCAGGUGAUUCUGAUGCGAGUGUUCCACAGACCACUCUUUAGAUAAAUUGUUAGGGUAGCAAGAAAAUAGCUUCAAAAAAUAAAAGCCCUCUUAUUACCUGGGCUACACCUGUGGCAAAGAGAACCCAGACAUACACCCUCCUAUACUUUUUCCUGGAGGACAGAAGAAUGUGUAAGAAAAAACCUGGGAAGAUCAUCUAUAGGCUUCAUGACUCAGGCACUCUGAGGACUAUGACCCGGAUUACUGAAUUGGAAGCAUUGGACUUCCAGUCUUAUAUAAUCCCAGAAAGUAUUUUCAAAGUAGAAACUGUUGUUCCAAAUUAUCUAAAUAGUUAGACAUUUUAAAUGGGGAAUGGAUCAGGAGACACACUUCAGAGAUCAUCUUUCUUCUAAAGUAGUGGUUUGGGGACACUUUUUUUUUUUUUUUUUUUUAAGUCAUUGGAACCCUGUAGUUCCCUGUGCUCCUAAAGUGCCCCAUACCCUGUAGGGGCCAUGAAGUUUGUAACUGUUUUCCAGUCAUUGUCCUUGUUCUUUAUUUUUUGUCUUCCACACGUGUUCUGCCUUCUCUGGUUUUAAUUGAGAAUUUUUAUGCGGUUCCGUUUUCUCUCCUCUCUUAGCAUAUCACUUAUACUUCUUUUUAUAAUUUUCUUAUUGGUUGUCCUGAAGUUCAUACUAUACAUUUACAACUAAUAAAUGUCCACUUUCAAAUAACACUCUAGCACCUCAUGGGUGGUGCAAAUGUCUUAUUACAGAGUAUUCCCAAUUCCUCCCUCCUGUCCCUUAUCACAUUGCUGCCAGUCAUUUCAUUUGUCCGGAGGCCCCAGCUGCAGGAUUCUGCUCUCUGUGAGCUGUGAUUCUCUGUACCUGCCUGUCUUUCCAGUUUUAGGAGCAGCUGUUUGCCCUAUUACUAUAAUACUUUGAUGGAGCCAAGAAGAAUUGUUGAUUUUCAAUUUGUUCAGCUUUUUUUCUUGUUGCGAGGAUGUCAGUGAUGACUUCCAAGCUCUUACAUGUUGGAUUGGGGCCCUAAAGUUUGACACCUGAAUUUAAAGUAUUCUACAGUCAGUUUUGUUAAGAUAAAAUUAAGAAAGAUUAACAUGUUAAGUAAAAGUUUUUAUUGUAUUAUAUAUACUAAGUUGAUGGUGAUUUUUAUAUUAUAACUAUUUAUUCAUUUUUGGCCUGCCCUCAAAGCAUCCCACAGCAUGGGCUUGUUCCAAUUUUUGCCACUGGAGGCAAUUUCCUUAUAAUAGUGUACCCAGGAAGUACACUGUUGAUUCUACUGAUUCUUCGUAAAAUCUCUUCAGUGUAUCUCCUUCUUACCCUUCAUUGUUGUAUGACUGCCUUAUUCCAGAUCCUCAUCACCUUGGGUCUGGGUCCUAAUUAAUAUCUCUUUUUCCUUCCUUGGCUAAAUCUGGCUACAUUUAAAAAUACAGAAUGCUAUUUUCCUUAAAAAGAUUUUAAGUGAUUAUUUUUGUAACUGCCCAUGAUUAUUCUCUACUUCUACUAUCAAAAAAGCAUAAAAUUUGGAUCACACAAAGACAACAAAUAUCUAUAAAUACUUAGUUGUUAAAGAUUAAACCCUUAUGUUUUUCAAGACAAAAAAUAAUAAUAAAUAAAUAAAUAAAUAGAAAGCUAAAACUAAAAAAAUAAAUUCAGUCAAAUAACUUCUUUUACAUCAUCUUUGGAAGUAUAAUGCCUGAAGGAGCCAAUGUUUGUUGAAUUAAUAAAACUUAAAUUCCUUACUUACACGUAAUGUAACAUAUUCCAUAUUUUAGGUAAUCUUAAAAGUGCCCUUAAAUAUGACUUGAGUGUGUUCAAUAAAUGAAUAAAUUCUAAUUGUGCUGUGUUUUUGCAUCUGAUGUGCUUCUUAAUUUUAUGAGUUCUCUUGAAGAAAAGACAGUUCACUUUUGAAAGAGUCUUAGAUUUUAAAAAUACACAAAUUGCUAUAUAUGCUAUGUCAACUUACAUCCUUCAAACAUGGGAGAAUUGAGCACAUACUUUUUUUGUUUACAUUAUUAUUGGGGGUGAAUAAAUGUAUUUUGAAAUGAAUACAUUAAUAAAGUAAUCCUAAAGUAAUUUGG